UCCAAUCAGCAUCGAGUCCAGAAGCGCCGGGCCAACAAACACACGUUCAUGCUGGCUGUCCGUUACCUCGGCUCAUCAACAUUGAACCGACUGUGAACACUUUCACCCGGGGGUACGGGCAGCACCAUACGUACGUCAGUCCCACACAACAGAGGUAUGGAUGCAGAGGGUUUCGGGGAGCUGCUGCAGCAGGCAGAGCAGCUCGCUGCGGAGACAGAAGCCGUGUCAGAGCUGCCGCAUGUUGAGAGGAACCUCCAGGAGAUCCAGCAGGCGGGGGAGAGGCUUCGUUCUCGCACCCUAACCCGCACCUCGCAAGAUGCUGCGGACGUAAAAGCGUCAAUCCUCCUUGGUUCCAGAGGUUUAGACAUCUUCCACAUCUCUCAGCGGUUGGAAAGUCUGAGUGCAGCCACCACUUUUGAGCCCCUGGAGCCAGUCAAAGAUACUGACAUACAGACGGUGAAGGAAAGCCCACUGACAUGCGCAUCAGCAGGUCCACUGCAGGAGGCAUCAGACACAGCCAGGUCCAAUGGACCCUAUGAGACGUGGAGUCACAAGGACUCCGGAGAGGAAGCAGAGUUAGUUAUGUACGAUGGAGAGAUGUAAAUUCAUCCAUAAGGAGAGAGGAGCUCAGUGUAUCCUCAAACGCCCCCGAGCAGCCUAUCGGCCUAUCGCAGCAUGUCUCGGGGCUGGACCAGGUGAACCUCUUUCCAGAUGAUGCACCCCCCGCUCACCCAUAUCCAGCCUAACACGAGUAGCAGUAGCCUCGUUUGACGACGAGCCUAUAUGAUCAUGAGGUCACAAUGCACACAAGUGUACGAAAUGAAACACAAUUGAUGCAAAAUGGCUACAUCCUGGUGGAUCUUGAGCUAAUUAUUUUUAGUUAAGGAAAAUAAUUAUUCCAUGAAUUAAGAUAAAAUAUGAACUCUUCAAUUGUUCAUACUCAUAGACAGGGUUCUUACGUCAUGGAAAACCUGGAGAAGUCAUGGAAUUUUAAAAUGGUCACUUCCAGGCCUGGAGAAGUCAUGGAAAAAACUUAAAUCAUAAAAGUUUUGGAAAAGUCCUGGAAAUGUGUUGUAAUCACAUGUUCAUUUACGCCGAGUUUGAAAUAAUUAUGAUUUUUAAAGAAAGACGCUCAAAAUAUAAGCCGGCGUACGCUCUCUCAAUACGCAACAUUUUCUAAAUUGUUCAUGUUUGUACCGAGAUUUCAGUUUGGUCAUGGAAAUUUGGUUUAAAGUCCUGGAAAUCCAUCGCUCAAAAUGUGUAUGAACCCUGUAUAGAGGAAACUCUGUAGUCAUCUGGUCAGAUACAGACAAAAGGCCGACAUAGCCGUGUAUAAUCGAUGCUAUGAUUGCACUCGGGCUGCAGAAACGAAUCGAUUAUUAGAAUAGUUGGCAAUGAAUUUAAUUUUGAUUCGUUGAACAGAAGUUGCGGAUACUGCGUCCACGCUUUGAGCUUAUGAACCUUCAAACAAUAUAUAUGGCAGCGUGGGUUCCCCUCAAGGUUCUCCGGCUUCCUCCCACAGUCCAAAGACAUGCAGCAGGUUAAUUGAUCUCUAAAUUGCCCAUAGGUGUGAAUGUGAGAGUGAAUGGUUGUAUGUCUCUAUAUGUGCCCUCGAUGGACUGGCGGCCUGUCCAGGGUGUCCCCUGCCUUCGCCCUAUGUCAGCUGGGAUCGGCUCCAGCGCCCCGCGAGGAUGAAGCGAUAUAGAGAGAUUAUAUAUAUAUACACACACAUAUAAGAGACACGCCAUGACCAAGUUUCCAGAAAAUAUAUUUAAUUAAACCAAAUUAAAAGGUGAACUGGAUAAGAUCGGCUAUGUUACAUGUGCAGGGCAACACAACAAAAGGAGUCAAAGAUGAAGCAGAGGGAGGCUGCUGGUAACAGUCGAGGCCAACUGGGAACAUGGGUGUUCCCAGUUGGCCAUAAUGAUCCCCGGCUACCCGGUCGGUAUAUGUGGAACACAUGACAGAUUGGUAAGGGAGGCGAGGCUCGACACAUGCUCUAAAAGUCUGCCUUUGAGACGAGCCUGGACAAGAUGGGCAGCUUAGACUCAACAUUGUAUGAAACAGCAAGGUGAGAACAAAAAGAGCUUAGUUUCAAGACAAUGAAAUGAAACCACCUGGUCCCAGCAAUUGGCCACAGUCCCAAUGCAAGUCCCCUUCUUUAACCCCUCUACUAACACAAGUGUACGUGUUUGAGGAGGAUGUUUGUUAACUGGACCCAGCACCUCUUCCCCCAGCUGGUGCUGAUUAGACCAAAGUCCUGAGCUGGUUUCUGAUGUGCUCUGUUGAACAUGAUGAAUGAACUGCUCCCCGACCCAUCAGACCAUCGACACAGGCCACCUGUUGUGAAAUGACCUUAUGC